UAGCAUCGGACGCUCCAUGCAUAAUCGUUUUAUCUCGAACGCAAAAGUCGUUGUUUCGUUGGUCGAUUCAAGUGCUUUUAUAUUUCGUUUUCGUAUAGUUCGUGCUCUUUUUAUCUAUUUUUUUGUCGCGUAUUUGUGAAAUGACGUUAUAGUAGUGACGUUUAUCGAAUAAUUAUAUUAUUUUUGUGUUGGUUUUGUGUUUGAGAACAUUUAUCAGAAGUGCAUAUUAGUCAUCGGAUCGGAAUUUCACGCAUGAAGUCUUGAACUGUAAUACUCUGGAUGACAAACAGUUGUCAAAAUAAUCAAUUAACUGGAACUGGAUGUGAGAUUCGUAUCAUGGUCGAUUUGUGAAAUUUUGACAUCGAGACUUUCGAUUUGACGGCGCGACCAUUAUGAAAUGGCAUCUUACGCCUUUUUUGGCGCCAUUCAUCGUGAUACUUUGCGUGGAAAGCUUUGGUAGUUCAGAAAAAGAUAAACGAGAAAUAUCGUCGUCUUCCAAACAACAACAUGCGCCCGAAUGGCAACAAUUGUGGUAUUCAAAUUUCGAAGAGUUUCAAAAACUCACAGAACCUAUUUUCGAUAAUAACACCGUUAGCAAUAUGACUGUUCAAUUGGGAAGCACUGCGUAUUUACAUUGUCGCGUUAGAAAUCUAGGAGAAAGAACGAUUUCAUGGGUAAGAAGAAGAGACUGGCAUAUUCUCACAUUCGGAUUACUCACGUACACGAAUGACGAACGAUUCCAAAUGCUACAUGCCGAAGGCUCAGAUGACUGGACAUUACAAAUAAAAUACGUUCAAAAGAGAGAUAAUGGAACGUACGAGUGCCAGGUAUCGACAGGCACUGGAAUCAUGUCGCAUUUUGUAAAUUUAAAUAUAGUCGUACCAGAAGCGUUUAUCAUAGGAGCUCCUACUGACCACCAUGUAGAUCUAGGCAGUCCGAUACAUUUAAUCUGCGUUAUAGAAAAGAGCACACAACCACCGCAAUACGUAUUUUGGUACCAUAAUUCUAAAAUGAUUAAUUACGACACGUCUCGAGGAGGCAUUACGGUGGAAACGGAUCCAAGUCCACGUACCCAAAGCAAGCUCGCAAUACUUGACGCUACGGAGGCAGACAGUGGGAACUAUACGUGUUCCGCUCCUAAUACAUUAGCUGCUUCAAUUUUAGUUUUUGUAUCGGAAGGUGAUAAAAUGGCCGCAAUAUCUCGUCGGAAGUCUUCGUCAGGAUCAGCUGCCGACGUAAUGUUAUGGUUUGUGGUGUUACCGCUGAUAACUUUAACUGUAAGAUAAAACGGUGAUAUAGGAUUGAUUUAGAAUUUAGAGGUGUUCGACUACCUAUAUAAUACUCUCUUCGACCUAUGCACGACUACAAUAUACGAAUACGAAGGCGAUCACAGUACCCGUCUUGAUCUCGUAUUACUUACUAUACGUUCGAGGAACAAGAAGUACUAUAAUUUCAAAACGUCGAACUUGACACAGGCACGUGCCCUCGUGGUCAAAUAUGUACAGAAUUAGAACGACGAUAAAUUUUUGUACAUAGACGAUACCUACCCCUCCCUUUCUCGCCCAACUUUAGAAUGUCCCUUACCCUAAAGUGUAUCUACGUUUUACGUUUCGUUUUUUUUUAUUUUUUUGUAAGUAAUCGAAUACGAUCAAUGAAUGUUUCCUUAUCUUUUCUACUUAUCUAUAGGAGAAUUUCGUAAACCUAACGAAAAAUCAUAUUGUUGUUGAAUAGUUCAUCGUCUACCUACACCGAUAUGUCGAAUCGGAAACACACGCCGAACAAAUAAACCAAAGUAUUAGAAAUUUAGUCAAAAUGUGGUAUGUUUUUUUUACGCUUUAUUGCGAAAUAACCUCGAGUUUAAUUAAACGAGAUAAUUAAAAACAGAAAAAAAGAGUACUUACUUUCGACGGAUGAAAUUCGAAAAUAUAUUUUAAAGAUGCCAAGUUUUUAUUAUAAAUGUAAAUGAGCUUCAUUAGUAGUGGAAAAAAAUCAUCAGAACAUUAAAAAGCUAGAGGCUAAUUUUUGCCCGCGAUUUUGAAAUACGUUUUUCCUGCUUUUUUUCUAUUAAAAUAUAUAUGAAUACCUAGUGAUAAUGGAAAAAAACACGAAAAAUAGUCAAACGGGGGAAACAACACGAGCGAGGCAAAAGUACGUUCACAGAGGUACCUUUACUCGACUCGUUUCGUACCAAAGAAACGAAAAUGUUACGAAGCUAAUCAGUUCGCAAAGUUGCCUAAGGAUAGUAUUUAAAAAGGUUAGUCGGCGGUAUGGCGUCGGUUUUGAAAGAAUUUACUAAUUUUUUCCAGCAGCAUUUUGCCAACUGUAACGUACGCGAAGAAGGAAAAAAAAAGUUUUAUUUUCAAAACAAAUCGACGUUUUUGAAAUUUGUAAAUUGUGACUGUAGCAAUUAAUGCGUUUGUUUGGGGGAAAAAAACUAAAAGCUCGGCUCGGAGAAAAUUUUCUUUUCCGGUGUAGAAUCCUCGGUGGCAUUGGCAGGACAGCUAAAUGUGUAUAUAUUGUCUCGAUGAACCAAGUUGUAUGAAUUUUUCGAGUUUUUUUUUCAACGUUCGAGGUAAAAUGAGGUCUUAAAAACUUUUAAUUAACGAAUCAUUAUCGGUUUUAAUGAAAACGUGCCAAGACUGUAAUUAAAAUCGAGGUUUUACGUUCCUUAAUUUCCUUACCUUUUUUUUCGCCUGUAUUAUGAAUAAGAAAAAGAUCGGUGUACGAAAAUACAUUUAAACGAGAUUUCCUCUAUGCUCGAACAAAAAUUACUUCUUAUGUUCGCCAAUCUCGUAAGACGUAAACAUUUUCGAUAAGUAAAGUACCUACCUAAAUCUCGUGUAAUCAGGAAAAAAAUCCCGUAUUUUUUUUUUUCCUUCGAAGAAUGUUACCUUUCGACAUCGUUGUACACAUUCAGGCCAUCGAUGGACUUGAAAAAAUAAAUAAACGUAGGUAUUUUGAAUUUGUAUAAAUCACGCAAAUUGUGCGAUAAGUUUUUUUUUUACGCAAGGGCGAGUAUUAUAAACAAGGCAGGCGUAUAGACUACACACACUACACAGUUACCCUAUUUUUUAAAUCGUCGUAUGCUCCAUACUGAAAAAAUAACACGAUUUUAUAUGUAUCGCUGGUUGAAAAAAAAAACAAAAACAUCUCAUUGUAGUAAUUUAAAUACCGAGAAAGAGUAUACCUACCUAUGCGAAAAAGCGCGUACGUAGCAGUGGGAUUUUCACGUAGAAAAUGUGCCUGCCGGUACGCAAAAGGGUAAUUUUAAUAAGUAACGACACCUCAUUCUCUCCCCCUCCCCACCAAAUGAAAAAGCAAGCUUUAAUGAUUACCCGCAGAAAGCAACAGGAAAUAACAUUGUGUAUUCCCGAAAGGGCCAAAAUACAUAAUACGUAUCCAUACUAUAAACGAAACAUAAGUAAGGAAGGAGGUGAAAUUGAAACAUUUCAACGUUUUCUUUCGCCGUAGGUACAGUGGUACCUACAUGAAAAUAUAGCUAAUUUUUAGUUGAUAAAAUUGUUUAUUAUUAUUGUUUUCCCUCUCACUAUCUCUUUGUAAAUAUAUUUUACCUACCUUUUAUGAUGGUAACUUUCAACAACAAUGUAGCCAUGUUAUGUACAUAUUAUUUAUUUUUUUUUUUUGGAAUAAUACAACGUUAAAAAUGUUUCUUUAGCCAUACGCUUGAUGCGAGAAUUUUCUAUUUGUAUAUUUUUUUUUUAUCUUGAAAACGUUUUUAUGAUUUAGUUAUUGUGUUUGGUUGUAUUUAAAUUUAUUUCGAAUCGUUUUUUUUUCUUUUAUAAUAAUUUAAGGUAUGAUUAAUUUAUUUAUAUACGUAAGUACAAAUUAACCAAAUUUUAAAUUUAUUUUUAAUUAUAGACGAAAUGUAUGUAAAUGUUGUUUGUA